UACUUUGAAUGUGUACAAGAAAAGAAAAAAACUGGCAUCAUAAAUGGUUUGACAUUGUACCAUGGUUCCAUGCAUAUGGAUUUAUAACAACCUUUGCUGUUAUGGCAAUGAAUAUCAAAAUUGUGUUCUUAAUUCGAUUUGAUGAACAGCAAUACUUGGAGACCAUUCAAAACUAUAAGAUCAACAUGACUACUAUAGUCCCACCCCUAGCAGUCUUCCUAGCUAAGCACCCGCUAGUACUCAAGUAUGAUUUAUCCUCUUUGGUUGAAGUUUGGUGUGGAGCAGCACCAUUGGUCAAGGAAAUACAACAAGCUGUCUCUGAAAGAACAGGUAUAGAUUUCAAACAAGGUUAUGGCCUCACAGAGGUAACCACUUGUCUUGUGGACUUGACGAGCGAGAAAGUUGGUUCUUGUGGAACACCUGCACCAGGCAUGAGAGUCAAGGUGAUAGAUAUCGAAAUGGGAAAAGUUAGGUCCAAUCAGGAAGGCGAGCUCUGGAUCAAGUCGCUACGUAUGAAAGGCUACAUGGGCGACCGGGCCGCCAGCGACGCACUCAUUGACAGCGCGGGCUAUGUCAGGACCGGAGACAUCGGCUAUUACGACAACGAGGGAUACUUUUACAUUGUCGACAGACUGAAAGAGCUAAUUAAAUAUAAAGGAUUCCAGGUAGCCCCUGCAGAGCUCGAAGCCUUACUACUCCAGCACAAAGACAUAGCUGAUGCUGGCGUAGUAGGAUUGCCCAAUGAGGAGGCCGGCGAGUUACCGCUAGCUUUUAUAGUGACCCAACCUAAUUCCAAAGUAACAGAAAAAGAAAUUGUGGAAUUUGUAGCCUCCAAGGUGUCUCCAGCGAAACGCCUUCGAGGUGGAGUGGUCUUCCUCAAGGAUAUACCUAAGAAUGCUUCAGGCAAGAUCCUCAGGAGGGAGUUAAGGAAGAUGUUACAGAAGUACAAAAGCAAGCUUUAAUAAUGUCCCAAAGCAAUAAUUUUAUUUAUAAAAAUAGACCUAUUUUGAAAUAACAAAUAAUUAAGUGUAAUUAUUACCA